UCUAUUUCGUGCUUCCGUGAAAUUAAGAUUUUAUUAUAGUUCUUGCAAUGCGCUCGCUUCGGAAUUUUAUAUUUUAUUUUGUAAUUCUCUCGAAAGAAAUAUGGAAUAAUUUCUAUUCCAUAUUUUUUCGACGAAUCUUGGAAUUCGAUGAAUCUCACUUUCUCGCUUGAAACCCUCGUCGGUAGCGAUUGGACGCGUAUCGAGGUCUUAAAUUCCGAGAGAAAAUCAGGAUAAUUGCGAACGGGCGGAACAACGUAGUAGCCAAGUUCCGUCGGGAUCGAGUCCACUCGCCGACAUUCUUCGAGUAUGGAGAUUAAUGGUGGACAUUAGAAGGGUGUACGUGGGCGUUCGUCAAAACGAACGGUUUCUGCGACGGUGGAAGCCGCUUCCACCGCGCACGUAACAAGUGCCAGGGCAUUGGCGUAGGUGCUCGUUUCACGCUUGACGGCCGUCAAAGCGUGGUGGUAGAACGCGUUUCCCAUUUCAUUCACGAUUAAAACUUUAUGCUAAUCGAGGAGCCACGCUCAAUUAUCCCCCCGUUAUCGAUUGAUCAACGUCCAUCGUUUCGAAUCAAACGAUUGUUUAAUUCGAGAAUAUUCAUUUGGAAAUUCAAGUGGAAAAAUUGUAUUCGAUUAAUUUUCAAUUUUUCUCUCUUCUUCCCCCUUUUCUUUUCCUUCUCUUUUUAAAAUCGAAAUCAUCAUCGCUGAAAAUUCAACACUCGCCGAAGCGUAUAAAUCUACUUAUUCGCGUUAAGAAAGAUAAAUUAUUCCGAUUAUAUUUCAUGGAAUUAUACGGUCUCUGAAUUUCAAGUUUUUUUUUCUUUCUUUCUUUCUUUCUUUUUUUUUUCUACACAGUAGAUUAAAUAGACGAAACUUAUUUAACAUUCGCUCGUGCUUCUCUCAAACUUCCUCUCUGGAAAUAUAGUACCACUUUCUUUCCUCUUCUGCGAGGCCGCAAUGGGGAGGACGUUCUUAAACUUUCGUCAGGGAUUUCUAAAUACGCGGACACAACUCUUGCAUAUUUCACUCGCGUUAAACUUGUGGGACACAGGAAGAUAUACAAAAGUGCAGGAGAGGCGUGCGUACUUGCACGUCACGUGACCAUCAUAAAAUUCGAAAGAAGUAGAACGAUUAAAUUUAUUUCUCUCUCGUUUUCGAAGCAUCUCUAUACCCGUUCAUCGAAUCGACUUAAAAAAAUAUUCAACUCUGAAGAAAAAAAAGAAUUUUCCUUCUUUCGAGACUUUUCUUUGUUCCAGAUAAAUUCGUUUAAUUAAUCUCUUCAAUAGGAAAAAAAGAAAAAAAUUCGUACGCCACGAUGCAGGAACGAACGAAUAUUAGAUACACGAAUAGCGUGUUGAUUGGACCCCCCUCCCCUCCCUUCUUCCCAAUAAAACAAUAAAGACUCGAACUCGUGCGAGUCUGAAAGCGACGUGGAUCGCAUAAAAUUACACGGGAUUUUAAAUGUAACGUGCGUAUCCGUAUGAAAGAAUGGAGUGUUAAAAGUUAACGGGUUGCAUCGCAAACAACGUGGAGGAUGGAAGGUUGGAAAGUGUUGCUUCUCCUCGCGUUGCUCGUGGGGCAACGAGUCUACUCGACUACUGUUUCAACGGAUCGUGCGAGGAAUGUGUCUGAAAGGUUUACGUCCACCACUACACUGACGGUGAAUAUCAGGGACGACGAUGAUCAAGAUCCUUCGUUCAUCUACCAAGGCUGCAUGCUGCUGGACGGCGCGUGCAUUAAUCCGGAAUAUUCAGCGUCGGUAUCGAGCGGAGUGUUAUCCGGGAUACUUAAUAUAUCGCCGGAGAAAAUACAAGCCGUUGAUAUGGACAGCAUAAACGCACCCAUCCAUUACUCGUUCCUCAGUGGCAAUCCACCGAAUUAUCGGGAAUUUUUCGAAAUAAACCCGAACACAGGCGCCGUGAAGCAAAUCAAGGCGGUCGAUACCACGGUUACCAAGAGGUUCGAUAUUAUCAUCAAGGCUGUCGAAGUGUCAGAAGCGAAACGAUCGGCCACAGCGAAAUUGACGAUUACAGUGAAGCCCGUGGACAGCAACCCUCCUAUUAUAACGGCUUCGAGCAUAGAGGGGUUCGUGGACGAGAAUGCUCCGAUUGGGACGAAGGUUAUCGACAAGAAUGGCGAUCCUAUAGUGCUCACCGUUUCGGACGCCGAUCUGGGGCCCGACGAUCCGAAGCCAGCUUACUCCUUCGAGUUGACCACGAAUUUUUUCGCGAUCGAUCCAUCGGGGAUGCUGGUCGUGAACGAGGAGAAUUUGGACCGCGAUCCUCCGAGCCCCGGCCGCUUCCGGUUUCAAGUGGUCGCCAGAGAAAAAACGGGUGUCGCCGCUUCUGCGCCAUUGUCCUUCGUUGUGAUAUUGAACGACGUUAACGACAAUGCACCCAUGCUACCCAUGAUACCACCUAUCACCGUCCAAGCUGGGGAAACGAAGAAAGUCGUGACGAAGGUCGAGGCUACGGACAACGACGAGGGGGAGAACGCGGAGAUAACGUACAGCAUUUACCACGUGUCGAACAACGGGCUGCAUAAAUUCAAAAUCGAGCCGAGGACGGGCGUGAUAGAAUCCGUGAGGAAGCUGAACGCCGGCGAGCAGUUCAGCAUCACGGUCCAGGCGACCGACAAGGGUGGAAAAUAUUCGCAGACGAUCGUCGAGGUGAACGUGAUCCCCGGGCCCAACACGAGGAGCCCCGUUUUCCAGCAAUCGGUGUACGAGGUGCAAGUGAGCGAGGGAGCCUCGAUCAAUUCCACGGUCGCGACCAUCACUGCAGUCGAUCCAGAAAACGAUCCAGUUUCGUACUCGAUCGUCUCGGGCAACGACCUGCGCCAAUUUGCAAUCGGCGACAAAUCGGGCGUGAUCACCGUCAUAAGGAAGUUGGACAGGGAGGACCUGACCCGUUAUCAACUGCUGAUAAAAGCGGAGGACUCGGGUGGCCUGUUCAGCACGGCGACGGUGAACAUCAAAGUGACGGACAUCAACGACAAGAAUCCGGAAUUCGUCGGCCUCCCCUACGAAUUCUCGGUGAAGGAGGGCGAGGCCAGGAAAUUGAUCGGCCGCGUGCACGCGGAGGACGCGGACGAAGGGAUAAACGCGGAAAUAACGUAUUUCGCCCCCGACGACAUCCCAUUCACGGUCGAUCCCGAAACCGGGGACGUGCUGACGAAGAUCGUCCUCGAUUACGAGCAGAAUGACGAAUACAAAUUUGUGGUGACCGCGAGGGACGGUGCUCCUGAUUAUCGUUUAGCAACCGCAACAGUGACGGUGAAAGUUAUAGACGUGGAGGACGAGGUUCCCGUUUUCCAUCAGAGCAGCUACGAGGCACGAGUCAAGGAGAAUAUACCGGAUUACACGGUGCUUCAAGUAACGGCCGAUGAUCCGGACACAAAGAAGCAGAUCACGUACAUGAUCAAGCAAGGGGAUACCGAACUGUUCGCCAUAGACCAGAGGACAGGAGUGAUAAAAACGAUCCGUGGUUUGGACUACGAGAGAGAGAGCCAACACAUCCUUAUAAUCGGCACCGUGGAGAACACGAGCGAUUUGCCUGGCUCCACCACGAGAGUCGUGGUCAACGUCCAGGAUGUUAACGACAUCCCGCCAGUGUUCACAUCAGUUCCUCGCCCGAUUACACUAGACGACGACAUUCCCAUUGGCACAACGGUCAUUAAUCUUAUAGCGACGGAUUCGGAUGGUACUGCACCCGGAAAUCAGGUAAGAUACGAAAUCGUGGGACGUGGAAUAGCCAACAAAUAUUUUAUGAUCGAUCCGGACACCGGUGUGCUGAGAGUGAGGGACGAUUUGCGGAAAGAAACGGAUACCGAGUAUCAGGUCGACGUGCGGGCGUACGAUAUGGGUGAGCCUCAAUUAUCCUCGGUGACUACGGUGCCCGUUUACGUUCGCCAUGUUGCCACCGUGCCUCCGGAAAUCGGUUUAGGAUUCGCGGAAAAUUCGUACAACGUGGAGGUGCCGGAGGACGCGGGCGACAAUACUCUUAUCAAGAUAAUCACCAUCAUAAACAGCCACGCUCACGACACGACCCCGUUGAAAUGCGAGAUUUACAGCGGGAACGUGGACGAUUUGUUCGAGGCUGGCGUCACGGAGGAGAGGAAUUGCGCCCUAAAAUUGAAGAAAGGCGCUUUGGAUUACGAAACGACGGAAUCUUAUCAAGUGAAGAUUAAGCUCGAAUCUCUGUCGGGCCUGUUGAAUUCCGGCAGGAAUACGACCAUGGUGAAGAUUCAAGUGCUGGACGUGAACGACAACAAGCCAGAAUUCGUCUUCCCCGAAAACGAUCCAAAAUUGUCGAGGGGGCGUUACUUCGCCGCGAUUCCGCGGUCGGCGCAGUUCGGUUCAACGGUGAUCCAGGUGAAAGCCCACGACAAGGACAACGGAAAGUACGGGAAGCUCGAGUACAGGAUACUGGGCGGGCGAGGAUCGGAUUACUUCGCGAUGGACACGUCUUCCGGUAUAAUCAGAACGACCGCGACCUUCGACAACGUCGACCCGGCCGAGCUUCCCUUCAAAUUCGACGUUCGAGUUCGGGAUAAUCCCAACUCGACCGACAACUUCAACUCCAUCGUCGCCCCUGUGAUAGUGAAUCUUAUAGGCGAGGAGAAUCUGAUGAUACUCGUCGUCCAGGACGCGUCGCCCGACUCGUUGCAGAAGGAGGCGUCCAAGAUUGCCGGCAUCAUCGAGGAGAAGAGCGAGCUUCUCGUCGGGAUAGACAGGAUAGCAGUGAGGAAGAAUUUGACGAAGAAUGGAACUAUCGAGAUGUAUCCUCAGGAUUCAGACGUGUGGUUUUACGCCAUCGAUCCGGACACCGAGGCUAUUUUGGACAGGAACAGCUCGAGGAUACAAAGAUCGAUAUUCGAGAAGACGGCCAUGUCGAACAUCACUUUCGACGUGUCCACGUUGGUCCGAGCCAACGCGAUAGACAUUCACGCGCCAGUGAUGCCACCGGAGCCAAUACGCACUCAGACCGCCAUUGCUUUCAGCGGCGAGGUGUUCCCAUACGCGCUGAUCAUCAUCGCUUGCGUCAUACUGAUUCUAGGAAUUGCUGGUAUAAUCUACAUUUGCGUAUCCUGGUCCAGAUACAAGGCGUACAAGGAACGGAUGCAGCGAAUGUACGUGGUACCCCGUUACGAUCCCGUGUAUGUGGAGCCGAAUUUGAAGGAAUACGAGACGCAGGUGCUUCAAAUGAGCGUGCCCGUUGACGACAACGACAGUUACAACGACCUUCAGCUCGAUUUCAGCAAUAAGAAUCACGCGUUCAGCCUGGACAACGUUAGCUACAUUACCAAAGAUCACGGAGAGAGUACCGGUCAACAGAGCCCUGUAAGCUCGGAGGCGGCGACAACGGCGCGCGCCUCGAGCAUAGCGGGGACCCACGCGGAUGCGAACAUCCACUCGUUGCGGCGAUCCACCCUCGGAAGAAAGAACAACGGCGGCAACGCGAACACCACGUUGAACAACCACGACGCGACGCCUGUCCUCAACCCGCUCUACAACCACGGCAACGACUCGCUGCUCAGCCCGAGCCCGUCCAACGACAACGUGACGUUCAGGGAGAAAAGGGACUAUUCCCAUCUGGGAUUCACGUAUCUGGGCGAGCAGAGCCCCGUCGAAACCACCACCGAGUUGUAAACCAGCUCGCUUAUUUCCAACGCGCUAUAUACUUCUCUUCCCCCCUCCCCUCCCAGGUUUCGACCAGAGCGGGGCCAUUCUUCCCUCGAGUAUACAUCUCGAGAGAGAGAGAGAGAGAGAGAGAGAGAGAGAGAGAGAGAGAGAGAGAGAGAGAGAAAUUUAUUCGCGAGAUUUUUUUUUUUAUUCGAGAUUCGAACUUUCUUUCUCUGUCCGUUUGAAUGAGAACACGAGGGAAGAGCGCUUUUUAUCGAGAUUAAUUUCACGCCGGGAGUGGGAGGAAACGUGUAACGUUGGUAGGUUUUUAGACACGAAGUUUGAAAGCCGACGGAUGCCAACGGUUCGUUUUCUUUCGAAGCGCGCGCGAGCAUUUGUUCCGCGUGGCGAGCAUUUCAAUCGGCGAGCAUUGUGCACGACGAACAGUGAGGCGGCGCUACUUGUACUCGAGGAAACGAGGUCGGGCGCGCGAGAGAGGAGGAGGGACGAGGGAAAGAAACGAGCGAGGCCCCCUCCCUCCUCUCUUUCUCACCGAAGGGAAAGACUUUCGACGAGAAAGCUAUUUUUCAAAGUGGGCGAACAAUUCCUCUUGAUAUUUGAGAAAUAUUGUUUGCUCGGACCGUUCGGGGUUCGUCACGACUGUACAACGAAAUUCUGCCAUCGAUUCCGCGAUUGAAUCAAUUUAAUGUGAUUUUUUUUCUUCGUCUCGACGCCUGGAUACGGGGAUAUUGAAACGAUUUUUUUCGUCGAGAUCGAGCGUCCUCGUUUAAAAGAGAAGGGGAGUGAAAAAGAAAAAAAAAAGAGAACAAUCGUUCGACUUUCGAACGAGCUUCUUCGAUAUACGGAAACGUUGGGCAAUUUUUUCGAGGAGAUCCUAUUGUGCAAUAGUUUCAUCGUCUCGUCCCUAUUGAUGACGAGAAAAUCGGAUAUUUUUUUUUUCUUUCGCGGAAUUCUCGUACACUACGCGUUGAUUUUUAUUUGAAAAAUGUGCGGAUAAUAAAAUCAUAGCGAUUGCAACGUACCGUCCACGCAACGUAGUUGUUAAGUAUAUUAAAUAACGUUAAUCGAUUUAUAAAAAAAAAAAAAAAAAAAAAAAGAUAAAUGCGGUUUGAAUGUGAUCGUACGAAUGCGUGAUACUGUGAAUAUACGAAUGAUCGGCCCGUGAACUUAAAUAAUUGUAACGAGAGAGACCCUCCCCCCUAUUGUAAUAUUGUAUAAUAAGAUCUUUUUUUUUUUAUUUAUAAUCGCGCGUUUGCUCAUUUUAUUAUUUUAUUAUUUUUUUUAACGAGAUUCAAUCAAUGGUAGGCAUAUCGUUGUUACGUGUAUGUUGUUACAAAAAAGAUAAGAAGAUGUGUUCGACAAUUCACGCAUCCUGUGUCUCUUCGCUCUUCCGUUUUUUUUUUUCCUCGACCAAGUUUCUUUUCUUUUCUUUCGUUCGAAUAAUCGAGAUCGUCAACUCGUCGCCGUAAGAAAAUGAUAUAUCCUCUGUGGAUCAGAUGUGGAUCAGGAUAUUUUUGGCGAACGUGCCGAAGUGUUUUCAAAGCGCUAAACUUUUCGCAAGUGUUUAACAAAUAGGGAUAAUAAUUGUAGCGUGAAAUGUUCUGCGGAAUGCGUUUUCCAGUAUUGGGAUACUUGGAAUCGAUUCGAUCGGGAAAUAUUGUACUUAAAACGAUUAUUUUAAAAUUUUAACGCGAAGAACGAGGUGGAGCAAGGAAUGGUUACAAAUCGCGAGACUUGAUCGGUUAAAUCUCUAGUCGUGCGGCGAACAUCCCGACUGUAUCAUAACGAAUUUAUCUUUCGAUUGUUUUAUUUAGGAAACGUUAAAAAAAAUAAGGAAAAAAAGAACGAUCCGUAUCGUCAAUUCGUGGACUAGAGCGUCAAUCAUUUACGUACAUAUAUAAUAUAUAUAUAUAGUUAUACACGUGUUGCGUGAAAUGAACGAAAUACGAAUGCUGUAAAAAAUU